GUGGUAAACUUCAAUUGUCAGGUUGUUGUGCAUUUUUUAAAACUUUGUCUACCAAAAAAAAGAAAAUAUAUGGGUAUCCAACCCAACUGUUUCACCUGGAUAAUAUAUUGCUAAUGCGAUGUUGUUCAGUAAACAAUAAGCUAUUUAUUCAUCAACAAGGGAAACCCAUUGAACAGCCAAAGAGUCAUUUGAUGAGUACUAUUUAUCCUUAUUUAGAAUUGAUGCGGUUUUCUAAGCCAACUGGUUGGCUUCUUUUAUAUUGGCCUUGUACAUGGAGUAUUGCACUAGCUUCAGGAGCUGGCGAACUUCCAAAUUUUGAAAUGCUGGGACUUUUUGGACUAGGAGCAAUCAUGAUGCGAGGAGCUGGUUGUACAAUCAAUGAUAUGUUGGAUAAAGAUAUUGAUAAAAAAGUAUGUGGUGUUCUAAAAAUUUGAUUAGGAAAAAAAUUGUUAUUAGUUAAUGAUAAUACUAGGAUCUGGAAUUUUCAUUCUCAAUUUGUUUUUCAUCAUUAUU